CCCCCUCGGACGCCGACACCGAUCCGGCCCCCGAGCCGGAGGCGGACACGGGCAGGGCCUCCGCCGCAGCCUCCCCGGCAGGCCCACCCUCCUCCGACAGAGCCCCCGACCCCCCGACCCCCGCUCCCGCCGGCACCUGCUCCGACGAGGACGAGGAGGAGGAAGGAGGAGGAAGGGGAGGCACCAUGCGGCCGGCGCCGCCGCCGGUGAUGGUGCUGGUGCUGCUGGUCCUGUCCUGCCGAUGGGGAAACAGAAAGGCUUCUGCGACAUCUGCUUCCCCCCAAAGUAAUUCUAAUCCUACCCAAAAUGAUACCACUCCCAGUACUACCACCACUGUUGCCAGCGCCAUUACUUCCAUCACCAAAGCUUCCAUCACCAUCGCGACCACCAGUGCCUCAUCCACCUCCAUUCAAACCAUCCCCCCCACCACCAUCAAGUCCACCAAGACAGUCUUCACCACCACAACCAUCACCCCGACCUCAUCCCGAGCCACGGCCAGCAGCUACCUGAGCUCCACCAAGCAGCCAACGUCCACCCUCGGUAGCACGAGCAGCUCUAAUGCCCAAUCUGAUACCGCCGGGGCCAAGGCCGACAACCAGAGCGAUGUCCAAGCUGGUGGAGACUCAACCCAGGGGGUCUCCUCCUCUGCCACGACCCAGAUCACCAGCUCAGCCACGUCCUCCUCUGUCCCCAUAAGCCACAGCUCCGGGGCUACUGCAAAGUCCGAGUCAACCUCUACCCCUCUCUCUAUCUCCGGGGCAGGUGGGAGCCAGCAGGUGACCACCACCAAGGCAGGAAUCCCUACAACUGAGACGACAUCGGUGUUGCAGUACACCAAAUUACAGAAUGACACCAUUUCAAAAACCCCCAGUGGGAGCCCAACAUCCCUCACCAGCUCUGCCACCGUUAUCACCAUCACCAACAUCACCACCACCACCGCCUCCACCUUGGCUGCCAUCCCCGGAAGCAUGUCGGGUGGGAUGCCCAGUACAACCUCUGCCAGCCCAACCAACUCAACCUCUGUGCGGCACCUUGGUUCCUCCUCACCCCGUCCAGGCACCUCACCAUCUUCAAGCCCCUCCACAGGCUCCACCACUUCAACCUCUCCCAGUGACCGUGAUCCCCCCGGCUCCCAGCCCCCUAGGCCGGCUGCCCCGGACAACAGCAGCAGCACGGCCGUGGUCAACAAGGUGUCCUGCGAAGUCACGAAUUUUAUCACUGACGAGGAUCUAAUAUUGGAAAUAGAGGACCCCUGUUCCCCCCUCACUGGACAGGAAAACUUCCAGGAGAACCAGUUCCACUCGACGCUGUGCCAGCUGGCCAGGACCAACUUCAACAAAUCCCGGGACCAGUGCCUCGUGCGGUUGGGUUACCAGCCGGGACGACGGGACCAGUUCGCUCUCAUCGAGGUCUCGGUGAAAAUGAAUCUCGGGCCCCAGGAUCUGGUGGAAGUCCUGAAGGACAACUGGGAGGAUCUUAAAGUGGUGGGAGUCAGAAACAUAACAUAUGGUGGGAAACUACUGGAGGGCGAGGAUGAGGACCGCUUCAGUAUGCCUCUCAUCAUCACCAUCGUCUGCAUGGCCACCUUCCUGCUUCUUGUCGCUGCCCUUUACGGCUGCUGCCACCAGCGCUUAUCUCUGAGGAAGGACCAGCAACGGUUGACGGAAGAGCUGCAGACGGUGGAGAACGGUUACCAUGACAAUCCGACGCUGGAGGUGAUGGAGACCUCAUCCGAGAUGCAGGAGAAGAAGGUGGCCAACCUCAACGGGGAGCUGGGGGACAGCUGGAUCGUCCCACUGGACGACCUGACCAAGGACGACUUGGACGAGGAGGACACCCACCUGUGAGCUGCCCCCCCCCGCCCACGCCAGCACAACCGUGGAGCUUCAGACUCUCAACAGCCAGAAGUGCCCUUCCAGGGAGAGGGGGACGGACCCCCUCUUCCGCCCCCCACCACAUGAGAAGAGACAGGAGGGGCCCAGGGAGGGGCCACCUGAGGUCACCGCCACACCCCACGGUCCUGGGGCCUCAGCCUUUCCUCCUUUUCAAGCCAACCAAACAAUACUUUCUUGGCCCAGACUCCUCUUGCAAAGUAAUAAUCCACUAGUGCCUGAGCUGAGCGCUGACGGGAGGGCGAAGUCUGGGCCCCUCUCCCGACCCCGGGGCCCCCCCAAGAGUGGAGCGAGGCUCCCCUCUGGAAAGAGCUCGCAGGCCCCUGCUCCUGGCAGAUCCUGUCAGCCCCGAAGCUAGGGGUGGAAGCCGGCGGUCAGGCCCCUCCUGGCCCGUCGCCUGCCCUCCCCUCGGCCUCCGUCGGGGGCCACCCCUCCCGCUCCCCCCCGGGCUCUCCGGAGGCCUUCUGAGCUCCUCCCACCAGAUGCUUAUUUCCCUGCAGAAAAUUCACAAGGCGGGACUCACCCUGCUCUGGACCCCCUGGGCCCAAGUAUGGCUGUAGAGGGAAUCCAUCCCCGCCGGCGGUGGGGGCCGACGCUCUCAUCUCCUGUACGGGGCCCCAAAUCCGGGCAGUCCGGGACCAAUUCCGUUGGCUCCCUUCCCCCUUCACGCCUCUGCAGCUUCUCCCCCCGGGGACGGCACCACCGCGGGGAGCGGUCGAGGGCAGCAGCUGGCAGAGGAGAGGACAUCACCCCCUCCGUAGUGGAGCCGGGUUCUCCCGCCCGAUGGAGAGAAACCAUCCAGCCCGGAGAAAGCCAGCCACGGGGUGAGACCCGCCCGCCCCUUGCCAGGAAGAGCCCUUAAACAAACAUGAGUGUCUUAAACCGAAAGAUGAGCGACAAUCAGUCCAACAGGAAAAGGCAGGGUCCCCUCCAACCUGCAGGAAACUCAGGGACUUUCCAAGUUGCUGAGGGUUAGCGAGUCAGUCGGCUCGUGCCCCCUUCCACAGCUCCCCUUGGCGAUGGACCCUCUGGCUGGGCAACCUCCCACACCCCCUGGAGUUGGAGGCUGGGGGUUAGAGGAAGGGUGGGGGCCAGGGCCUGCCAGGUUCUAAGGGGAAGUGGCUUUUUACCCCUUUGAGGCCUGGUACAUCUGAUUUCCAGAAGACUGUGGCAGGCAGGGAAGAUGGAUGAUGAGUGAGAGACAGCAGCCUGGGGUUGAGCUGUGCAAAGUCAGAGCUGAACAAGACUCUGAGAGGUCAUCCAAUUCAGCCUCCAGCCCCGGGGCACAGGGGCUUUUUUUUUUUCCCAGGUUUUGUUCUGUUUUAUAUCUGAUCUAUUCUUAUCAGUAGGGUAAAGGGGUGUUAUCUAAGGAACCAAAUGUCUCAGCUUCAGGGCAAGACAGCAGAGCCCUGUGGUCCCGGAAGCAGCAGGGUGAGAGAGAGUGCGGCCCCCUUUAGAUUUAGAUUUGCCUUUAAACUGCCGCAGCUCUUUAAAUAUUCCCGGGGCAACCAGGUUCUGAAUCUUCACUCUUCAGGGAACCAGGUUUAAGAAAAAACGCAGGUCUACGGGGUUAUUUUGCCCAAACCCCUCGGGGAGUGGGUGGAGUCCUUAUUCAGAGGCUACUUUCCUUCCGGCUUCAGGAAUUCCCCUCCUGACCCUCAGGGUCAAUCAGGCAGGGAACCUUCUGAGUGGGGCUGAGGGUCUCUCCAUAAUCCCGGCUGUCAAGUGGACUAAACAUAACUGACCUUGGAUCCUACCCCCUCGGGUUCCAGUUUUAUCACCUCCUGCCUUGAGCCCACUUGGGGCAGAAUCAGUCAGACCCUCGGAGAGAUGUGCCAGUCGCGUCUGAGAGGGGGUGACGGUGAACCCUACUCACUGAUCUGGUGCAUGGUCUCAGAGGCUGUUGGCAGGGAAACCCCACAGAUGGGAGAGGUUAAACCAGGAGAAGAAAGCGGGAAUCCAAGCAAAGAUCCACCUCCCAAAAGUCUUUAAAAAGAACAAAUAAAAAGGCCUAGAAUCAGAAUAGCUUUCAAAUCAGAAGUCAGGAUAUGGGUUUGGUGGGCACAAAGUUUUUUGUUUUUUUAAAAACAUUUCCUCUUGACAAACGACUAAGUAGAAAAGUCAGCCUGGAAGUUAGGAUCUAUUUACACCCCCUCUGGAGAGCUUUUCCCCUCUCCUUGAUCAAACUCCCCAAGGAUGGAGUUUGAAAACAUUCAAGCCAACAUAUAUGUACAUGACUAUUUGAAAAGGUCAAGGAAGUGGUGCCGGGGAGGACACCAGCCUCCUGUCAGACCUAUGAGUACUUAGAAAUUACAAGUGUGCCAGAAACUUUUAGAAGAGGGGUGGACAUUUGUCUCACUUGCUAAAGGGAAGGUCUGGGCUUGCAAAGAGAAGCACGAAGGGCUGGGACCAGCAGGAAGAGGAGCACCCCACUUUUUCAGCCCCUCAGGGAUUCCCGGGAGCAUUUUUAUUGCUUGACUGGUGCCUAAGGGGCUCAAAAGUGAACAUUCCUCUCUCAGGGCUAUGAUCGACCCCAUGGGCUAAGGUUGCCCCUAGCAGGACCCUGCCCGAUGCAUUUCCAAGGCUGUGGAGGCAGUGGCUGUUCUGACCAAACAAGGCAGGGUGUGGGGGUAGAGGGGAUGAUUUCCCACGUUUCAGACCUGGCAGACGCUUCCCAAGUAACCAAGCAUCUGAGGGUGAGUCGAUCACCCAGGCAAGGAGUAUGACUCUUGGUGUUUAAGGCAUUAAAAACCCGAACCAGCUCGCUCAAACUUUUCUAGCACUCUUGCGAUUUUGCCCCUCCUAAGGACGGAGCUGAUUCUGACAGCCCCGCUGCCCCGGGGCCCUUGGGCAACCAGGCGGGGAGCCGGACACAGGAGAAAGCUCUCUCUUGCAACGAUAGCCCUUGCGAUCAGCCCUCCCAGACAAACCCUGGACAGUUCCGGAUCAAGUCCUGUUUAGCAAGAGUGGACCCAAAUGAGACCGACAAAUAGUUUUCCUCUCUAUGGUCCGGAGACGAUCUAUUAGACUCAUCCCAAGCCCUCCCAAGCCAUCAAAAUCUGUGAAGGAUUUGUGGGGGUUGGAUGUGUCGAGAUGGAAGUCGGGGUUCUACAAGGCAUCAGGGGACGACCCCCCGAGCACCCUUGGCUUGCAAAAUUCCCUUUGAGUCACGCACCAGUGGCCUGAGACCAAAGUCAACAAUUUUUCUUGCCAACAGCAGCUUUCUCAUAGGGCUCGUGGUGGUGAACAUAGUGACCGCUUAACUUCUCCUCCCCCUUUUGCCCUUUUACAGGAAGAAAACAAAAGAGCUCUCACAAAGAUCUGCUUUUUUUUUUUUUUUUAAGUUCUCAGAAUUGUACAUGGAAAACGGAAGAUAAUCACUCUUGCACCUUAGAGCCUAUGUGAGCUGGGCUGGGGAGUAGAGGGGUUUAGUGGGGUGGAGAGGUAUUGGGGGGCUGAGAGGACCAUGGAAGUGGGGUUGGAGGGGAGGAAGACUUGGGGAGUUCCAUCAGGACAUCUCCCCACAAUCCACCCUCCGCUUCCCCCGCCCUUUCCCCCGUGAGGCCAAACCAAGCCUCUUGACUCCUAUGAAGGCUCAAUCCAAACUGCAAAGGGAAAAACGCCCUUCUCCCCGGGGAAGGCGGGAGGGAGGGGGAGGGACUUUUCUGACGCUGAAUGUUUCACACGCACGGGUCAGUUCUCCCAGGGGCUGCCGAGGGCGUGUGCCACAUGGACAGGGGUCUGAAUUACACUGGAAUUUAUUAAGUAACUGGAUUGUAGAGACUUUGGUGAAUCCUUACAUUUUCCUACAAAAUCUAUUUUGAAAAAACUGCAUAUUCUGUCCAUUAAAGUUCUUUUGUGUAAUUGG